AUGUAUGGAUUGACAAAAAAAAUUGCAUGUUUGAAAAAAGCCACGCUGUUGGAUUAUUUUGUCAAUGGAUUUUGGUGGGCCAAAGAGAUGAAGUUCACAUGUCAGCAAAUCUCAUUUAACAUGGCUCUUUUACAACAAUUACUUGACAACAUAAAAACUCAGCCAUGCUUGAAAAUGCCUUUUUUUAAGGCAUUUACCCUGACAGUGCUUGCAUCCAGACAGUCACCAUCAACAGAGGCUGAUACCAGUCAUUUAUUUGAUGCCGAUCAAAUCAGAGACAUCACUGAUUACUUCAAGACAAGUCUUUUCCAGCACUACCGACUAUAUGAAUUACUGUUCACUCACCCAAGAGAGGAGCACCUUCUGGGAAUGGAGAAAAGCAUUGAGGUGAUCAACCCAGUUGACUCUGCCGGCCCGCUGGAAGAGGGCAUGCUCUCUGAUCUGUACUUCCAUUAUCUGGCUCCCUCAUGUGUCAAAAUGCCUGAGCAGUUAAAGUUUCCUUUUUCCACCCUGGUUCUUGUAUAA